AUGGCUAUGAGCUUCUGGUUAAGAAACUUCCAGUGAAGGGUAUGAGAUAUGGCAUAAACAAGUGGAUUUGGAGGAUGAUGAUGAAACUGAAGCCUGGCGUCUGAACCUGAAGUAGAUUCUACUUCAAACUAUUUAACAUACUACAGUGCCUUUGGUGGCAGGGCAUUAGUUUCUUCCACUUUUUACAUGGUAUUGGACAUCAAUUGAGCAUUUAUGAAGCAUGAAAAUGUUCAGUGGUUGGCGUCGUUUUGCUUUUGGUGUUCUAUUAAUUUUACUCCUUACUCAUCUGUUUUCUGCAGUCACAGAGCUGAACAGCUCAAAAAUGUCAGAACCCCAUAAACAACUAAACAAGAAAUUUGAUCAUCUGGUUCUUGGUCCUGCUGCUGGCCAAGGCUUGUCAAACCGUUUGCAAUGCCAAGGAUCAAAAGCUCUCAACAGGACCCAUUCUUCAAAUGACAGAUUAGGUGUAGAUGGAAGUAUUACAUUUGUAACUGUCUUUACUAUUUAUAAUUCUUCUCUUGAUAGAGUAGAUGAUAAAUCCUCAAAAACAGUCGUUGGCAACACUUCAUAUAAUAAGAUGGACAGGUCAAUGGCUGUGUUGAAUGUCUUCAUUAACUUCAUUCAGGUAGCAAUGCCCCAGAGCGAAGUGAUUAUUCUCACAGAUCCAGUUUCUGACCUUUCAGUGCACAGAAAUAGGGUCUCUCUGUAUCCCAUACAAGGUGAAUAUUCAAGAGACAAGUUGAUGCUCCAAAGGAUCAGGUCUUACAUUACCUUUUUAGAAACACGACUUCACAAACUUUCUCAGAAUCCGAGGGAUAUCACUCAUUACAUCUUCACCGAUUCUGAUAUAGCAGUGGUUGAUGAUUUAGGGCAGAUUUUUCGCGACCAUCCUGAUUGUCAUAUGGCUCUGACCUUCAGGAACAACAAGGGUCAGCCUUUGAAUUCAGGAUUCAUUGCAGUAAGGGGUACUUCUGAUGGAAUUUUAAGGGCAAAGCUUUUUCUACAAGAGGUUUUGAAAGUUUAUGUCUCAAAAUACACAAAUGCUUCCCGCAUGCUGGGUGAUCAGUUAGCUCUUGCUUUUGUUGUGAAGUCAAAACCUCAUUUCGAUGCCAGCAGGUUUGCCAAAACAGUUGCUUUCUCUGAUGACAUUGGUGGUACCUCAAUAUUGUUCUUACCCUGUGCCAUAUACAACUGGACUCCACCUGAGGGUGCUGGUCAAUUUCAUGGCAUGCCUUUGAAUGUUAAGGUUGUUCAUUUUAAAGGAUCAAGAAAACGUCUAAUGCUCGAAUCAUGGAAUUUUUAUUCAGCAACUCCUGACAUUGCUGAUAUGUUAUGCCUCAUUUUGGGAAGUGGAAGAACAAAAUAUGAUUUUUGAGAAUGGUUUCUCGCAAAGGAUUCACAUCAUAUAUUGCAGCAUCUAACGACAUCAACGAUUCCCAAUCGUGGGGCAGAAAAAUUCAGCUAUUGCUCCUUUUGCACUAGUCAUUAUUUACCCUUUUGAUUGUUGUUAAGGUACUGAUAACCGCUAACCAGAAGGUAGGAGCUGGCCCCUUAAAUAGGUUGAUCUCUUCUACUCAGGAGUGUUCUUUUCAGAAGGCACGGUUUUAAGGUCACAACAAAUCAAGAGGAUGUAGAAUGUGUUAUAAUUGUUUUGAAAAGACAGAGGGUUUAUACAUUCUUCCACAAUUGGAAAAGAUAUAUAAUGAUUUUUUUGAAAGAGCAUGAAACAUCAGUAUAUUACACUGACAUGAAAACAAACCUGUCAAAGACAGGAACAUCACACCAAAUAGAGAAACCAGCAGUCACGCCGCUAAUCAGCAGCCUUCUCCAUCAUUAUCUGAACCAGACAGACACAGUACUCUUCAAUCAAAGCCUAAAAAAACUCAGCAAUCUUUUGCACAAGCACAAUGAUAGAUGUAAAUCAGUCAACCGUAAUACCUAUAGUACGUCUUAGGAUUCCCACACUAUUGAACAAUAUUAUCACGAGCCCUGUUUAAUUUUAAAUGGAUUCAUUUUCAGAAUAACAAUUUCUCCUCUUCUAUCAUUCUUUCAACGUUGAUUUCCUCAUUCAAAAGGUUUUUUUUAUUCCUUUCCAAACCCAUCACUUUUGAGGGAAUCACCUUAUCCCGGAACUUAGACAAAGGAAAUGACUUUGAUAAUUCAAUAUUAAACACUUUUGUGUCUCUUUUACCAAGUACUCAAGUGGUGUGUUUCAACAACCUACAUCUCCCCAAAUUCAAAACCUCAUGAGAUCUAUUAACCAGCGCCAUACCCCAUAAACCCCUUUUUUCUAUUACAAUUUAUCAAGUCCAUUUGCUUGGCAACCCGAUAUUGAACAAUCUUAAAUUUCUAAUCC